AUGUUAGCAACUAUGUAAGAGUAUGGUUGUAGCUAAAAUUCAGUUGUAUAAAAAAAACCAAGAGACAUUAGGCAAUACGCAACAAAGAGAAAUCCAGAAAAAAUAUGGAGAAUGAAGGUCAUAAUGUUUUGCUUAUUAUAGUAUUCAAAGAAUAUAUAGCUUUAGCGUUAGCUAUUUAAUUCAGAUGGAUCUAAAGCAAUGUAUCCUGAUACUCCAAAUAUAAAAUACUAUAUAAAGUUUGUCAAAUUAGUAGAGCAUAAAUUAAAUUGUGAUAGGGUUCUUGAUGGCUAUACGUAAGUCUAAAUUAAAACUAGCAAUUAAUAAAAUAAAGAUAACUACAUUCAUCGUUUAUGUAAAACUGUUAUUCCUAAAGAUAUUCUCCAAGUUUUCCCUAAUACUGAUGAAACAAUAUUGAGUAGAUCUAAUUACUAGAAUUUCUGUGCAAAGUAUAAAUAAAUAUCAUGA